AUGGAUGAUGAUUUGGAAGAUGAUUUUGAACCUCUGGGAUCGGAAGAACCGGACCCCCUGGAUGCGGACAACUUUGAUGCAGUUGAUUACAUCAACAAGCAGUUUCCCAACCAGGAGUCUUUAGAAGGUCUCAGCAGCUUCAUCGGGCAGCUGAGGCAGCAGGAGAAGCAAAUCGAAGAUGGCAUCCGAGGUGCGAUCAGAAGGCAGGCAGCCCAUGGCCGCCGAGCGCAGGCUGACCUCAGCGAUGCGAAACUCGCCGUUCGGGAGCUCUUUGAGCGGAUCAAAGCCAUACGCUCAAAAGCCGAACAGUCCGAGGAGCUCGUCAGCGACGUCUGCCGGGACAUCAAGUCUUUGGACAUCGUGAAGCGCAAUUUGACCUUGACCGUGACGGCCCUGAAGCGCUUGGUUAUGCUCAUCACGGCCCUGGAGCAGUUGCGCUCCACGGCGGAGUGUCGACAUUAUGAGCAAGCGGCGAGCCUGAUCCAUGCGGUUGAGGAGCUUUCGAGGCACUUUCAGGAGUUGUCGCACGUUGCAAGAGUCGCCGACCUCUUAGAGCGAAAGGCAGCUGUCCUCGGUGACCUGAAGCAGCAGAUCCUGGACGAUUACAUGUGCCUCCAUGGCGGUAUUGGUAGCGCCACCAGGCAAGAGAGUUUGCCUGAGGGCUGGGGGGUUGCAGCCGCCAAGUGCGUAGAUGCACUUGGCCCUGGCAUGAAGAGGGAGGUGGUGACACAGUUCUGCUUGCGACUCUUAGAAGGUUACAAGGACAUAUUCCAGCCACCCAAAGAAGCCUCGGGCCUAGAGACGGCAGAGCGCCGUUUCGCGUGGCUAAAGCGAACAUUGAGAGAGUUUGACGACAAGUACAAGUCGCAAUUCCCAGAGUCUUGGCGAGUACCCUGUGGCUUGUGCGAUCUCUUCUGCCACGUGACCCGGCAGCAUCUCGUGGAGAUCUUGGACACGUCGCACCACACGGUCGACCCCGAGCUCAUGAUCCGGGUGCUGCUGAAAUCCAUCGACUUCGAGAACGAGUUGGCACGGAAGUGGUCCGUGGAGGCGGACCAGGACCAGGGCGAAGGCUACCCUGGGCCGUCGACAAGUCAGCUGCUCCUGAAGUACCCGGACGUCCUGUCCAGCAAAGCCGGAGGCUCUGGCAAAGUCGAGGCGUUGGCCCCGAAGGUCGCGAAAGAGGAGUUCGCGCCGCGCUUCCGAGGCAUCAUCAGUGAGUGCUUCGAUGCCUAUUUGAGCACUUGGGUCAAGCACGAGGAGAAGCAGCUGAUGGAAGUGCUGCAGAAUUUGACCUCUGCGGACAAAAUGGUAGGCCACGACGAGGACAACGACGAGGAUGAGGACGAAUCCCUGGAGCCCAGAUAUCUCUACAAGUCGGCUCCGGAGCUUUUCGCCGCCAUGAAGGGUAGCAUGAACAGAUGUGCAGGUUUCUCUACUCACAACACCCUCUUUGACAUCUUCCAGGUCUUCAGGAAGAUCAUAACCCAAUAUGCCGGAAAGCUCGCAGGCUUACUUCCCGGCAACGGCAAAAAGACUCUACUGGAUGUAGCUGGGGUCCAAGCCGUUUGCUGUGUCAUCGGCACGGCCGAGUAUUGCGACGAGACACUGCCCCAGCUGGAGGAGUCCUUGCUGAAGGUCAUCAGUUCGGACUUCCAGGAGCGCAUUGGUUUCCACGAGGAGCAGGAGAUCCUGCGGAAUCUCGUGAACCGUGCGAACGAUGCACUUGUGCAGUCUGUCAGCUGCAGCUUGGACGAGGCCUUUGGCAGCAUGACAGGCACAAACUGGGCCGCCUUUUCACAGGACGUGGGUGACCACAGCGCUUUUGUGGGUGACAUCAGCGAAAGGUUGCCGAAACAGUUCGAGCCUAUAGCUCGACACCUUUCCAAAAUUCAUUACCGAUUCUUCUGCGACAAGUUCGUCCAGUCCUUUGUGGCGCGGUUCGUAACAGAGGUCCACAAGUGCCGCAAGAUCAGCGAGAAAGGGGCCCAACAGCUGCUCCUGGACACCGCGCUGAUCAAAACGACGCUUCUGGAGGCACCCGUGAUCGCGGGGCAGGGCCGGCAGAUGCCCACGGCAUACAGCAACUAUGUUCUGAGCCCUGGCCGCAGACAGCCGAGCUUAGUUUGCAGGUUCUAG